AUGGGUUCAGAGCUGAAUGUAAGAGUGGAGGAGGUGACUGAAAAUCGGUGCUUGCCUGCUGAGAAGAGUAAGAGGAAAGUUCCGAAAAGAAUUCACAAGGCUGAGAGGGAGAAACUGAAGCGUGAGAAAUUGAAUGAUCUCUUUGAUGAGUUGGCCUCUGCUCUUGAAUUGAGUGAGCCAAAUACUGGAAAGGCUUCUAUACUGUGCGAAACGACUCGACUAUUAAAGGACUUGCUUACACAGAUAGACUCUCUCAAGAAGGAAAAUGUAGCUCUCUUAUCUGAAUCUCACUAUGUAACUGUUGAGAAGAAUGAGCUGAGGGAGGAGAAUUCUGCCUUAGAAGAUCAAAUUGGGCAGUUGCAGGGUGAACUGGAAACGAGAGUGGCUGGGCAACCACAAACUGACCUAAAUGUGCCUCCUCCUGAAUAUCAGCAACCAUCACAUUUUCCAGGAGACUCGUUCAGGUUGCCUGGUGUCGAUGCCGCUGCUGCUGCAUUGCAGCAGACGCCGGCUGUCUUUGUGGUUCCAAUCCAUCCUGAUCAUGUGCAAGGUUUUCCAAUGACUACAUCGAAUGUGAGGAAACCUCACGCUAGAUACCCAACUGGGGCUGAUUCUUGGGCUUCUCAACUUCUUAGGGAGCAGCAAAUUGCUAGGAAGGAAGUUCAGUUUAGUGGUAGAGAUAGCAGUAUCUCCAUUACACCUGAUGUUCAGGGUUCUGAAGUUCAGAUGAAUUGCUUACAGAUGAUGAUCAGACUCUUCAUCAUCCAUUGUAAAACCUGGCACCAAAAGAUAGUUCAGACACUUAUAAUGGAUAAUGAGCUAGAUGAACAUGUGAAGGCAAUGAAUGAGAUCCGAUUCUGUUUUCAUGAUGAUCGUCCCUCAUGGUACUGUUGCCUUCUCUGA